AUGAUAACCCUAUACACAAAGCUUAAUGAUCUAAGCAAGGAAGAACUUAUAUUUAUCAAGCAGUAAUUGCAACUGCAGUAGUAAUAAGCAUUAUAAAUAACUUAGGAGCAGAAAUAAUAAUAAAAUCAAAAGGGGCAGGAUCUAAGCUAGAAAAAUAGAAGUUAGAGCAAUACGAAAAAGAGAUAAUUAGAGGAGUAUGAAAAAUAGGUUACUGCUUCAACUGGGGCUUCUUAGCUUAAUAUUUAAACUUAAAAUUCUCAUGGCAAUCACAGAGGAUCUAACCCUCAAAGCCAUGUUAGUGAAGUUAAAGGCUAAUAGGUGCAAAGUGCGACUAAUAAUCACCAUAUGCAGUCGAUAAAUAUAUAUUUGCAUGCCUCCUCAGCGAAUAAAAAGAUGAAGAAGCAAAUCAAUGCCUAGAUUAAAAAGCGCAAAAAUAUGGACUUAGCAGAUGUAUGUGGAGAAUCUACAAUUAUGGGAAAAUCAAAAACUGAAGAGGACGACUAACUACUUAAUGAGGAAAAAUUGCAAUAGUUCGAUGAUGAGGAGUUCAAUAAGCUAGUGAUGAGAUAGUUCUAGAGAAUAGAUAAAUAAGAGCGUCAGGGUCUCAAAAAGUACUUCAGGAUUAAGUAUUAAGGAAAAGAGAAGGAGAUGACAGUAGUAUAAAUCGAGAAAUUCAGUCUUAAUAUCAGACAAAUCAUGGCGGUAAUUUCAUUAGUUAAAAUUAGAAAUUGCAAUCCUCCAAUAAAAAGCAAAAAUAAAGCAAAAGAUAUCCAAGUUCCAAAUCCAACUAUUGCUAAAAACAGUACAUUUAUAAACCAUAAAUUUUCUAAUAUCAAAAGCAUGGAGAUUGAUUAAAAUUAGCUAGAAGAUGAAAAUCGAGAUGUGAUUAACGAGGAAUUAAUAAAUCUAUAGAAUAUCCUAAGAGAAGAUCCCCAUUCAAGAUAAACACCUGAUAUCAAUCAUUCGGAAUUAGAUGAUACAUAGUACCUACUAAAUUACAAAGGAGCAUAGAGUGAAAUAAAAAGAGACUAUAUUACAAUUGAUAAAAACGAGAAAACAACCCUUGAGCUUAUAGAUUAAACUCCUUAUUAAGAUAAAAACUAAUAACCAAAAUCAACUAAAAAUUAAGAAUCAAUGCUAAUGACUCAAUAAAAUAAUACUUAACUCAAGAUAGAAGGUGAGUUAUCAAAAACACAACAAUUUUCUUAAACAAUUAACACUACUGUAAAACCUAAACAAAUAAAAGCUAAGCAAGAGUAAUCAAUGAUUCAAAAGAAACCAAAAUUUGAUUCCAUAAUCUGUUAAGCAAUAUCAGUUGAGCCAUAUCUCAAAAGAAAUAUGCUGAAGCUUGGCUGGAUAGAUACUACAAAUUCAUCAAUGUUUCAUAUAAGAUUCGAUAUAACAGAUAAAGAGGGCAAUCAAAACAAGCUGAGAAACUCUUAAUGGUAUAACCACUUUCCAAAUAACAGAGAAAUAACAACUAAAGCAGGCUUAUGUAAAAAUUUAUGGUAAUAAUGUCCGUAUGAUUAUGAACUAUAAGUGAGUAAAUUUUUCCCAAGAUGCUAUGAUUUAAGCGAUCAGAAAUAGAUAGAUAUAUUUGUAACAGAUUUCUAAUAAACUGCAAUCUUAAGCAUUAUUAAGGUAUUUGCUAAUCAUUUCUUGGAUAAAACCUAUAACAUCUAAAAGUAUCUGACCAUGUAUAAAGAGAAAAAAGCUUAUAAUUAGGCAAAGAUAUUUAAAUAAAAUUUCAAGUUAAAAUGCUCAUAGUAUGAUUAACUUUUAAGUGGAGCUGGUAGCUUACUAGGAAAUGAUGUCUUGAGAUUAUCAAUCCAAUAUGCGAAGUAAAACAUUCUAAAGCACAAUAAGAUUGAUAGAAAGAAAUAGACUUAUCAUAGAAAAUUUACUGAGGAAGAGUAAUAAAUGAUGAUAGAGUAUAGUCAGAAUUUAGUAAGUGGGCUUGAGGAAAUCAACCAAAAGUUUCCAAUAUUUGAUUAAAUAAAAACGAUUAUAAUCCAUGAAAAACUGAAGAAAAUACUUGAUUAGUAUAAUCUUAUAGAUGGUGUUAAUAAUGUAUGGGUUGUAAAACCAUCUUAUAACGCAAGAGGAUUAGGAGUUUACUGUACAGAUAGAUUAAAAGAUAUCAUCUAGCAAGGGAAAAAGAUGCAAUCAAAAAUAGUUCAAAAGUACAUUGAAAAUCCUUACUUAGUGAAUAAAAAGAAAUUUGAUAUCAGAUAAUGGGCUUUGGUAACUUCUUGGGAGCCUUUAGAUGUUUAUGUUUUUGAAUCGUCAUAUUUAAAGAUAUGUGGAAGUGAAUACACAUUAACUAAUCUAAGCGAUUAAUACAGGCAUCUUUCAAACUUUACGAUCCAGAAAAAUAAUAAAACAGCAGGUUCCUAUGAUGAUUUUGUUAUGUCCCAUCUGUAAUUUGAAUAAUACUUAAGAGAAAAUAAUAAAGAAACUUAUUAAAAUUUUUCUUGGUCAAAAGAUUUGUAUCCUUUAAUCUAGGAUAUUAUAUUCAAAACUUUCAAAGGAGUUUAAGACUCAAUGGAGUAGAGGCCUAAUACUUUUGAGAUUUAUGGCUUCGAUCUAAUAUUAGAUGAAACCCUAAAUCCAUGGGUAAUUGAAGUAAACUUAUCUCCAGCUUGCAACGAGAGGACAGAUUUCCUGACUUAAAUGCUGGAUGACAUGUCUUUAGAUUUGCUUUAGUAUCUAGAGAAUAAAAUCAUCCUAUCAAAUGCAGCUGAAAAUGAAUGGGUAGCAAAUUUCAAAGAAAAAAGGGAAUAUCUAAUAAAAAAGCAAAACUAAUUAAACAUUUUACCUUGUCUUAAUGAAGAUUAGUUUUAUAUAGAGCAUAAUAUAAAGUAUAAAUGGAUACGAGUUCCUGAUUGUAUCUCUGAGUAUAAAAAUUACAAUGUAACUUAGUAAUGCUAGGCUUAAAAUGCAAAUAAUAUGAUAAAUAAAGGAAUGCAGUAAGUCGACAUUUUGGGAUUGAAGGUAGACUUAAGGGCUGAGAAAAAAAUAGAUAAACAUUAUCAAAAAGUCAAAUCUCUUUCCCUCAUCCAGAGAUUCUAUAGAGGUUAUCUAGCAAGAAAUUAAUGCAAAAUAAUGUUAUAAAAUAAAGCCUCAAUAUAAAUCUAAAAAUAUCUCAGGAGAAAUUUAGCUAUAUCUCAGGUCCUUUUAAUGAAAAAAUAAAAAGCUUCUCUCAAUAUCUAAAGAUAUCUGAGGCAAUCAAUCGCUAAAAAUUUUGUUAAGAAAUUAAUAGCAGAGAAAAUAUUUAAAGCCAAAUCUUAUGUUGCAUUGAUGCUUUAAUCUCACUACCGGAGAUAAAAGUCGUUUUAAACAUAUAUGAUACUGUUAAAAAACAAGAGAGCAAAACUUAUUUAAGCACAUAUAAGGAGGUUGAAAGCAAAAAGGUCAAUAAAAGAGAAGCUAACAUUUAAAUGUAUGGUGGUUAGAAUUUAAAAAUUCUACAAGAGGCGAUUUAGAAAUAAAAAAUAAAAAGCAAUUUUUCUUUAAAAAUACUUGAAAGGCAUCUACCAUAGAUAGAAAGUGGCUAAACUGAUUGCAAUAAAAUAAUCAAGUGAAAAAUUGAAAUUUUUGAUCCAUCGUAAGUAAAAGGCGAAUUCCUUUAAAAGAUUCAAAAUUAAUAAUUGUGCUAUAAAGAUAUAGAGUCUUAUAAGAAUGUUUAUUAAUCGAGGAAAAUACAAAAAUCAGCUGAAAUGUAUAAGCAUGACUAAAAUUAAAAAUAUAUUAAGAUAAUAUCUUUUUAUGAGGAUAAAAAAACAAGCUGAGCUUUAUAAUUAAGAAAUCAACAACAAAUCUUAAUUAGUUUAAAAGAAUCUUAGAAGAUAUCUAGCAAAAAUAAAAGUUUAAAAAAUCUAAUCAAUUAAACUGAAGAAUAUUAAUGCUAUCAAAGUUCAGAAAUAUCUGAAGGGUUAUCUAGCUAAAAACUUGAUAUAGUUUAAAAGAAAGAUGUUAGACUCUAUUAUAAAGAUUCAAGCACUUUUUAGGAUGGGUUUAGUUAAAAAUAAAAUAAAGAAAAUGAAAAAACUCAAGCGAAAGAAGGAAAAUAAGAAAAAGAAAGAGAUAGAUCAAAGGUUUGAAAAGUCGAAAAAGAUUGAAAAAGAUAUAGAGAAUUAUAUUGAAUCACUUUUUCACAGGGAAAUAUAGCAAUAAAAAUAAAUGAAGUAGAUCCUCUCUUAAACUCCAGUUUCAUCAUCCUAAAGAAGGCAAAAUGAAUAGUAAAAGACAUUUACAAAGGAAACACAAAAUGUAAGGCAGAGUUUCACUAGCUAAUCAAAUUUAACUAGAUAUAAUGAGAGCUAAGCACCAGAAAUAUAAUCAACGAAUCCAACAACUGCAAGUUUACUCUUAAGAAAAAGUGAAAUGCUUGUCUAAGCAUAAUCUUAAAAUGAUGAUAAUCAUGAGAGGAUUAGGACAUAGACGGUAAAUGAUAAUUAUUAUAUUGAGAUUUUGAAUGAUGAAUACAAUGAAAAUGAGAUUUUGGCAACAAGUACUAUUAUGGAUGAUAAUGGAAAUGAAUAGAUGAUUGGUACUAUAGAUAGAACAUAAAAAAUAGUAAAGAUUAGAAAACAAAAGAAAAAUAGCCAAAAUUAGCAGCAGCCUCCAUAAUUCAUUCAAUAGCAACAGCUUCAGCCAUUGAAUAAUGUGCUUUAGAGUAAGCUUCAAAAGCCGAGCUACUAAAAAGAGUUUAACAAUAGAAUGACUAAUGCACUUAAUAGAGUAAAAGUAAACUCUAAUCAAAACUCGUAAAGGACUUAAAGUACAAUGCCAGCAAUUAAAAAUCCCUAAGUUAUGCCUAAACCUAAGACAUUUGCUGAGAACCUUAUGAAUAUGCUAGCUAUGCAAAACAUUGGCUAAGCAUUUAGUGAAAAUCCAGUUGAGGCACUAACAAUUUUUAAAGAGGAUCCUAGAUAGAAAAGAAGAAAUUCAAAUAUUAGUAGAGGUACUGAGAGUUAGAAUUAAAGCUUUAUAAACAACAAUAAUCCUUGUAUAAAAAACUCUCAAUUGGCAAAUGAAGUUGGAAUAAUUAAUCAAGUUGGUGAGUCUAGAGCAGUCUAGUUCCCAAAAUUGAAUGAAUUUAAAUCAGCUACAAAUAAUAUAUAUCUAGCUAAUAGACCACUUGCGGAUCCCCGAGUAGAUUCUGAGUUUUAAAUAUAGCUUCUGGAAUAAAAGCUGAAGAAAAAUUCUCAAUGUUUCGAUUAGCUUAACAGGUCUAACCACUUAUCAUCAUCUAAAACAGAUCUAGGUGCUGGAAUAUCCUAUGAUCUUUAAACAAAGUAAUCGACAGAUAGUUUAUCAAAAAUCUAAGACAAGUAAUUAAUGAGUGAGAUUAAAAAUGAAAAUCUUUUAAUUUAACCCAGACCUAGAGAGCAGACAUAAAUGAUGGUUAUUCAUGCAUACAAAAAAUAGCAGCAACCAUAUCAUUAGGAGCAUUUUAAAAAGAAUAAAAAGCGUGGGGAAAGCAUUGGUCUCCCAUCUAAAUCUACAGCUAAGAAAACAAACUUUUAGCAGUAUACCGAAAUACCGAAUUCUGAGAAAACACGCCCUAAUAAAUCUAUUGCGCCAAGUGGAAAUAAAAAUAAUGUUGGAUUUAUACCUCCCAUAUCAGAUGGUGGAGCUAACAAAAUUGUUAUUAUAUGA